ACUUCGCUCUUGCCAUCUUGUCGAGUGGUUGGGUUAGAGGAGCGGUAGGCAGGAGUUAGCUGUCUGUUAGCUUUCUGGCGCUGUGGUAAAGUAGUUAUCUGUCAGCUAGCAGCUAGUAGCAGCUGCCAAAAGUGAGCUGUCCACACUGCGAGAGGCAAAACUUCCCCGACUUCGAGACUUAUUCUCUAACUUCCGCUGGAUUAUAGUUUGUUUUUGACGCUGUAAAGGAUUUGUUUACAUCAUGAUGUCGCACAUGCUGGUUCAGAGGUAGGGAAAACUAGCUAUCAUAAGCUAACUCAGCUAGUCGGCGAGAAAUACAUCUAGCUGUAAGAGGAGAGUGGGCUGCGGGACCGGGCCCUCCUCAGACUAAAGUACCGGUGGCAGCUGCUGAACAAGAACUUUAACAAGGGCCAGUUUCUAACUCCGCUACCGGGACAAGAGAGGCCGACAGGGUGUCAGAGAGGCCGGGGGAGGAGAGCAGCGGUCUGCUGUGUGUUGUGACCGGACACCGGGGAGCACUUCAGGAGUUUCAAAGGAUCUGUCCCCGGUUGUGACACUUUUCUCCGAAGAGAGAGAGGAAGAGGAACGGUAUGGAAAUGUCCUGUGACGGUACGUGUCUGUGUCAUUUUCCUCAGUUGUGAUCUACUUUGCAAGACAUUAGCCCAGCACUUCGCUUCAUCUGGGGGCAGACAGACUCGACGCAGUUAGUCAACAUGUCGAAAAUGCCAGCGAAGAAGAAAAGUUGCUUCCAGAUCACAAGUGUAACGCAGGCUCAGGUGGCGGCCAGCAGCAUCACCGACGACACUGAGAGCCUGGAUGAUCCGGACGAGUCCCGGACAGAAGACGUGUCGUCGGAAAUAUUUGACGUUUCAAGGGCCGAUCUAGGGGUGUGUGAGAGGAGUUCAUCUGAGGAAACCUUAAACAAUGUGGAGCCCCAGGAGGGUCAGCCCCCUACGUCAGGUCCUGUCAACGGGGGACUCUCUUUUAAGAGUAUAGGCUCUGGUCGUGCCACUCCACAUAAUUUAGGAAGCGUGCCUGUGCCAGCUACAGCUCAUCCCAUUGUUUCCAGCUCAUCCUCUGCUGCCACUGUCUCUACCAGUGUAGCACCCUCUGCUCCUGUUAGCACCAGCUGUAGUUCCCGUUUCAGGGUCAUUAAACUUGACCAUGGUACUGGAGAGCCCUUCAGACGGGGCAGGUGGACUUGUACUGAGUUUUAUGAGAGAGAUUCAGAUUCAAAUAGGACUGUGGACAGUAUAAAGCCAACUGUAACCCUUGAUCACUGUAUAGACAGAGACAGCGGGUUAGGAGCUACAGGUAACUCUGUGGUCACAAGCUGCACAUUUUCUGCACAGACUUUGGAUAACACCUCUGACAGUGGGUACUCCGCUGGGCAUCACCCCCACCCCCACCCCCACCCUCACCCUUCGGAGCCUCUGCAGCAAGGUUACAGCUUGGCUUCUCAGAUAGGGAGCGGAGCAAGUGCCUUCCAGCCCACAGGGUUUGCACCCACAUCAUCACAGCAACCACAACAGGCUCAGGUCAAUAUUCAGCCCGUUGCUCCCCAAAACUUUCUCUCCAACAGCCUCAAUGGCAUGCACCAAGGUGUCAUGCAGCAGAAGUCUGCCAUCAUGCCUCCUGCCACGCAGCCACAGCAGUUCGCCUAUUCUGCUCAUCCCACUGGCCUCUCUGCUGGCCAGCCAGACUAUCGUCAGCAACAGCACUUUGGCUCAAGCACUCAGAACCUUCCAAUGUCGGCCCUCCCUGUGGGCCCCCCAACCAGCCAGGUACCUUCAUCUCUAAUCACCCCUGCUGGUCAAGGAGCCCAGGGGCUGGGUGGAGAGGCAGCCCAGGGCCUUCUGCAAGGGGGGAAUGCACCAGCCAUGGCCCCUGUCCUUACAGGAAGUGGCCCCCAGCAGCAUGCCAGCCAGAAUCAGCCUUCAGGAGGGAUAGGAAUCGCCCCUGCACCGGCGAUGACCACCACCUCCUCCCACAGUGUUGUUCAGAAUGCACCUGCCACAGUGCCCACUACCAACAACACCCCUCCAGGUGUGCUAAGUCAAGCGCCUGCCACAGGGGGACUCGUCCAUCUCCAGGGAGCCCAUGGAGGAGCAACAACAGGCCUCCCGUCUGGCUUCAACCACCAGGCAGAAGAUAACAUGCUCAAGUCUGACUCCCUACCUCAGCCUGGUGCUGUUGUGGUGCCAGGGAAGGAUGGUGUGAAGCCUUUCAUUGGCGAGGGCCUCAACCUACCGACUCCUGCUGUCAACAGCCUGUUUGGAAUCCAUAUCACCAUGAAUGUGGAUGAGGACAGUGCAUCUGGUGCCAGUGUUGUUGCGAUUGACAACAAGAUCGAGCAGGCAAUGGACUUGGUGAAGAGCCACCUAAUGUACGCUGUUCGCGAAGAGGUCGAGGUGUUGAAGGAGCACAUCAAGGAGCUGUACGAGAGGAACUCAGUGCUGGAGCGUGAGAACGCCGUGCUGAAGUCGCUCGCCAACUCAGAGCAGCUCAACCAACUGUCCAGUCAGCUCACCCAGAGCAGCAGCGGCAGCAGUACGUCGCCGCCACUUCAGCAGCAGCAGCAGCAGCAGCAGCAGCAGCAGCAGAACCCACUUGUCACAAGCAACAACAACAACAACCCGGCCUCGUCGGUUCACCAUGAGGGGGGUCAGAGUGUCGCCCCUCAGCCCAACAUCACCUCGGCGUGAUCCCCUCCCCGUUACCCUAGAACUCGUGCUCAAACUCACACCACCCGCAGACAGGAGAGUGAGAUCCUGUCAGCAAAGACAACAUCUGCUACCGUCCCCUCAGCUCCAUAAAGCAAAAAAAAAAAAAAAAAGGCUUGGCUCUGCGCUCAACGUGCGUGCUCCAUUUAAGGAAAAGUUAACAACAUCUUCGUUUGCCGCCAAGAACCAUGCUUCAGUGUGCAUGCCGCCAUCAUCAGGCAAACACAUUAUUAAGACAGUAAGCAUCCCUUGAAGUCUUAUUCUGUCUCUGAGACGAAGGGACAAAGGAGCUGGAGCACACCGUAAAAACUGCAUGCUGUUCUUUGGUGCGAGACAGGAGUCAGAGAGCUCAAUUUGUCGGGACAACAAGUGGCAGAAGAGGGUGGUGCGACCCUUGUAAGGUGUUGAGGGUGCUGUAACAUCUAACAGGGACUGUCCCCACCCCCACAGAACCCUCUGGAUCAGAAGAAGCCAGAAACAGGGGGGAAAGGGGGAGAAGUCUGUCCUCCCCAAGCGGCGUAGGAGGACGCCAGCGGGUGCCUCGGAGCGAGUCGAGAGCCUCGGCUUGUUAAAUGCUGCAACAAUAGCUUGUGUUGUUUUUCUCAGAGCCACCGUUCUUUAACACAUUACUUAUUUUCAUUAGUUCAGUUUAGUAUUUGCAUUUAUUUAUUUCAGGGCUGCUAUUUUCACAAUGUAAAUGAACAAUGUCAUGGAGAAACUUAUUAAAAACACAAAAAAACCUUUCUCUUUGGUCUUUUGGUAUUUUAGAAGCUGUCAGGUAUUAUUAAAAUUUUGGUAGUCUCUUGCAACGUGUAGAUCUCAAUAAGUAGGCAAUAAGAUCCAUAAUAGAAACUUUCCUUCUCAUGAAAUAGUGCUAACACUAAAGGCGAGCUUACAUUAGGUGAAACCCAGGUUGAAUGUAUAUUUUGUAAAGUAUUAUGAGCAGAGGGUUUGUACAACCUGUUGAGGUGUGAUGGGAUGCUUGGAUAAAGAAACAUAAAUUACCCUUUUUAAGCCUUUUUUUGUCAAAACAAAUUAAUUUGGGGGUUUGGUUUUUAGGGGGAUGAAAAGCUGUGAAAAAAUUGUUCGACCUACUUUAUAACCAAAGACGUGAAGCUGUGUAAGUCCAUUUUUAAAUGCACAUUUUCUUUUCUACUCUUUCCCUCCCCCUAUAUAUUUUUGUCCCUAGUCUGCAUGUUCUGCAUGAUCUAUAAUCAAACCACUUUCUUACCUCAUGUUUUUAUCCAGCACUCUUCAUUUUUCCUGUCAAGUCUGUGAAAGGUUGUGAAAGUUUAUGAAAGAGAAAGGGAACAAUGCACGGAGGAGGGAGGAAGAACGCAGAGAUGAUUGUGUCGGAUGGAGGGAAAGGCCUUGUGCACAAAAUAUGAGUCAGAAAAGGAGCCAUCUUUUUUGUUUUCAUGUAAAUGCUGUGUUGAAAUGUCAUAUGCAGAGAAAAGGUUUUGUUACAUUGCAGAUUUAAAUGUAUUUAAUGAAUGCAGCAGUUAGAUUUUGAUUGUACCAACACUUUGCUUGCACGCAGAAAAAAUACAAACAAUUCAACUAUGUCCGCAAGAAAAUAAAGUACAGAAACGUAACAUUUCACACUUUAAAGCUGGAGCCGUCGAUUGUGUGUGAGCAUAUUAUGGGAUGUCUUGUCUGUGUCUUUUGUGCCUCCUGUGCCGUCAUUGCCUGCUGUUGUCAGGUGAUCCGGUUUCUUUCUCUGUGGCUUAGAACCAAACCUAAAUGCUUGGUAAUUGUACAAUCAGUCAUCUUCCUACAGGAUGGACUCUUAAAUUCUUUUUCUGUUGGAUUUCAAAUGGGCUUAUGUCUUCAUCUGUUUUGUUAUUCUUUUGUUUGAAGGAGAUGCCGUGUACAUGCCAAGUGUACUGUAUGAAAGUGAUCACUGAGCCUUGGAGAGAAAAUCUUAACAAUGCCCUUGUAAUGUGCUGUUCAGACAAUUUUAGUUUUCAGUCAAAAAUAAAUUACUGUUUUAUUAA